ACAUGUAUCCAAGUUUAUACUAGAGUUAAAGUCGGUGACGGUGGCUCCAAUAGUCCAAUCUAUGGCCGCGUAAUUAAAGGUCAGUCUUUUGUCUCCUCCCUUAGACGUGCCAAUCAAUAUGUCAUUAUUAAACUAUAGACCCCAAAUUGAUUGAUUACUUAAUAAUUCUAUAUGAAAUUUAGAUACGACUUCUGUGUGUUUUUAUUUUAUAAACAAGCACAUGGAGUUCUUAGAUGUCACAAAAUUAGUGAGGUAGGGUCUCUUGUCCCAUGUGCUAAAAACUACAUUUUCUCCCAACAAAAACCUCUUAAGUUUUUCUCAAACUCUCUUUGAAACAAAGCAACGAAAACAAUGUUGUUGUUACCUUCUUCUUCUUUUCUUCGUUUAUUCUUCUUUCUCUUCCUCUUGUUCUCUGUUUGUAAUUUCUUGCAGACUAGAGCCGCUGAUGAUGAUGAUGAUGAUGAUAUAAGCGGUGAUGGUAUCAAAGUAGACCCGAGUCUCACCUUCGAAAACCCGAGUCUUCGACAAGCCUACAUUGCUCUUCAGUCAUGGAAACAAGCUAUCUUCUCUGAUCCUUUUAACUUCACAGCUAACUGGAAUGGCUCUGAUGUAUGUUCCUACAACGGUAUCUUCUGUGCUCCUUCUCCUUCUUCGAAAACUCGAGUUGUUGCGGGUAUUGAUCUUAACCAUGCGGACAUGGCUGGUUAUUUACCACGUGAGCUUGGUCUCCUAACUGAUCUUGCACUCUUCCAUCUCAACUCAAACCGGUUCUGUGGAGAAGUUCCUAUCACGUUUAAACACAUGAAGCUUCUCUUCGAGCUUGAUUUAAGUAACAACCGUUUCGUUGGGAAGUUCCCUAACGUUGUCUUGUCUUUGCCUUCACUCAAGUUCUUGGAUCUUCGUUACAACGAGUUUGAAGGCGGUAUCCCAGCUAAGCUUUUCGAUAAAGAGCUCGACGCAAUAUUCUUGAACCACAACAGGUUUAGGUUUGGGAUACCUGAAAACAUGGGAAACUCUCCUGUUUCUGCUCUAGUUCUUGCGGAUAACGAUCUUGGUGGUUGCAUACCUGGUAGUAUCGGUUUCAUGGGAAAGACUCUCAACGAGAUCAUCCUCUCUAACGAUAACUUAACCGGUUGCUUACCACCACAGAUCGGAAAUCUCAAGAAUGUGACAGUCUUCGACAUCAGUUUCAACCGCUUAAGCGGUCCGUUACCGUCAAGCAUUGGAAACAUGAAGAGUUUGGAACAGCUUAAUGUUGCUAACAAUAGAUUCACAGGAGUUAUACCAAGUAGCAUUUGUCAGCUCUCUAACCUUGAGAACUUCACUUACUCUUCCAACUUCUUUACCGGUGAUGCACCGAGAUGCGCGGCUCUUUCGGGAGAUGACGUGGCGGUUAAUGGCUCGAUGAAUUGUAUUGCUGGUAAAGAACGUCAAAGAUCGUCUGAAGAGUGUUCUUCUCCUGCCUCACGCCCUGUUGAUUGUAGUAAGUUUGGUUGCAACAACUUUUUAUCUCCUCCGCCACCGUCUUUUAGGAUGUCACCUACCGUCCGAGUACUUCCUCCUCCAGCAACACCGCCUCCGUCUUCGAGAAUGUCGCCUACGUUUAGAGCAACCCCGCCGCCGCCUUCUUUUAAAAUGUCGCCUACUUUUAGAGCAACCCCGCCACCGCCUUCUUCUAAAAUGUCGCCUUCCGUCAAGGCGUAUCCUCCUCCGCCACCGCCAAAGUAUGAGCCAUCUUCGCCUCCUCCUCCUUCUUCCGGAAUGUCGCCUACCGUGAGAGCAUACCCUCCACCGCCCCCGCCGCCACAAUCUCCUCCUCCGCCAUACAUUUACUCAUCUCCUCCACCGCCGUCGCCAUCUCCUCAUCCGCCGUAUGUCUACUCAUCUCCUCCGCCACCUCCGCCCGUAGUUAACUGUCCACCCACAGCACAAAGUCCGCCACCGCCACCGCCUCCCCAAUAUUGGCAAACUCCUUCACCAAGGGAAUACUAUCCAUCACCUCCUUACUACCAAUACACGUCUUCUCCGCCACCGUCACCACCGCCUACUUACUACGCCGCUCAAUCUCCACCACCGCCGUCUCCGGUAUACUACCCUCCUGUAACAACAAGUCCUCCACCACCGGUCUACUACACACCGAUAACACAAUCUCCUCCGCCACCGCCGGUCUACUAUCCGCCGGUUACACAAAGUCCACCUCCGCCACCAGUAUACUACCCACCGGUGACACAAAGCCCUCCGCCGCCACCAGUCUACUAUCCGCCGGUGACACAAAGCCCUCCGCCGCCACCAGUCUACUAUCCCCCGGUGACACAAAGCCCUCCACCGCCGCCACCGGUCUACUAUCCACCGGCAAGCCCAAACCAGUCUCCACCACCACCGGAGUAUCAAUCACCACCACCAAAGGGAUGCAACGAUAGUCCAAGUAACGAUCAUCACUACCAAACACCAACACCGCCUUCUCCGCCGCCUCCAUCAUACGACGACACACCUCUCCCGCCUAUCCGCGGUGUCUCUUACGCAUCACCUCCUCCACCAUCAAUCCCAUACUACUAAGUUUAAACCAUGCAUCAACUAGUGGUUAAACGUGGACACACUAGUCACAAUGAUUAAAAUUCUUUUGGCUUCGAACCUAUUUGUGUGUUUUGGUUGAUACGAGACAUUCGAGUUAUUUUUUUUCCGAUGAAUAUUUUGUUCUUUUAUUUCUUGAUUAAACACAGAAUAUGAAGUAUAUAGUUUCACUGUUUCACUUAUUUUCCUAUUGGUUA